AUGUUGGCGUUAGACACGUACAUAGCAGAGGAAACGAAACCUUUAAUAUUGGUAUAUGCCAUAAGUGGAACUGUGGUAAUGUUGUUACUAGUAGCAAUUGUAUUUUUGGUUCAUUCAAAACGAAAUAGACUGAAUUGGUGCGUUAUUUGGUCAUUCGUACUUUAUUUUAUAAAAUUUUGGAUGACUUUUAUUUAUUACUAUUUCGACAAAUACUAAUUAUAAGUUACACAAUUACAAAAUUUUUAUACUUACUGUAUAUGUAUGUUUUUAAUUGUAGGUAUGAUCAAAACCUAUUAGAAAUGGCUCAUUCACCGCCACAUUACAUGCGGUGCAAAGCAAUGCCUAGAUUAGAUACUGAAGACGAUGAACGAAUGGAUUUUCCGCAGUACGUAAAUUUUUUAAAAAUUGUUUGAGUUUAUUGAAAUUAACAACAUCUACAUAUGUUAAUACUUCUUUCAAUAUUAAUUUAAAAAAUUUUUAAAAAAACAUUUUAAUUUUUUUGAAAGAAAAAAUAACAAAUUUAGCAGUAGUUCCGACAUUGCCCGAAAACAGUCCAGAAUACGAAAAGUAAAAAAAGAGCUAGUUGGAGAUGUGAGCAACAUGUUUCAUGUUCCUAAAAUAACACAACAUACCAGCAUGUUUGCCAAACUAAGCCAAAGCGACAUUGACCGUGGGUUGUACACUACUAACGUGAGCUUUUUCUGGAUUUAAAUAUUAACAUUUACGUUAAUUUUUGUCAUAAUUUUCUGCGUUUUUACAUAUUUCAUGACGGACAAUUUAUUUAAAACUGUUUUCAGUUGGCUUGAUUUGCUUUAAUGAAAUUUUUAAAAAACUUCAGGUUGCCGAAUCGUCGUAUGACGAAGAUUCGGGUUUUUGUGGAUCUCUUAAAUUGGCUCUUUAUAUGGACACAAAUUUAAAUUUACUAACUGUUCGCCUGAAACAAGCUACAGACUUGGUUGCCAAACGUCAAGACGGAUAUCCAAAUCCUUAUUUUAAAGUUUCCUUGGACGUGCCAGACCAAACCCGUCCUAAAUCGGAACAACAAACAAAAGUCGCGAAGAAUACGGCAUCGCCUGCUAUCGAAGAGGACUUCUUUUUCCAAGUUUCCUUGGAAAAAGUGGGACAGUGUCGGCUUGAGAUCAUGGUAUAUGACUAUGAUCAGUUUUCCGUAGAUGAGUGUAUUGGAUAUUGUUGGCUUACUCUAGGGCGAGUUGCUAUAUCAACAGUAAAAGAACAACCGACCAUAUUUUGGGCCGAAGUACUUCCUUUUGAUGAUGAUUCAGGAGUGAGUUAGUAUUAUAUAAGCAAAAUUAGAGAAGUUAUGGAAAAAUAAAAAGCAAAAAUUAUGGUAUUCUUUAAUUUUUAGCGUUUUUAUUCACCUUUCAUUAAUUUCAGUCAGGUUUUGGUGAAGUUUUAUUUUCGCUGACCUACCUGAGUAAAGCGCAACGGCUGACGGUAAACGUGUUUAAAGCAAGAAACCUAAACACCGAAAACAUGGACACAUUUUCAUCUAACGCGAUCCGCGUAUCGAUAAUGAAUAACAGUGAAAAACGGUUGAAGCGAAAGAAAACGUCAUCUAAAAAGAACACCAGGAACCCACAGUAUAAUGAAUCGCUAACUUUUGGAAUAACGAAAAGUUCGUUAUGUGAUACGAUACUGGAAAUUGAGGUAAGUUUUUUUAAGUUCCCAAAAACAAAAAAAAAUAACAAGUUUCCUUUAAAAAAGUAUCUUAUUUAAAUUGUACCUAAAAUGUACAAGCUUAUCCACCGUAUUCUGCAAAAAAAAUAAAUAUUUUAGGCAAUUCACGAGUAUGGUACAUUCGGAAUGGGUAGUAAAAUUUUAGGACGGAUGGAACUACCUUUACAUCAAUGUAAAGACUUGUGGCGUGCAAUAAUUCGGGAAGAGAAGUCUCAGGCACGAUGGUACCCUUUGGAUGCCCCACCACGAUAG